GAUAAUGGGUGUGACGAGAAACAAAAAAAUGAUCCAUUUUAUAUCAACAUUAUAGGUAGAGUACAACAUGGUAUUGUGAGGGGUACUUGGGCCAAAAAGGUGAGUCAGUCUUCCAGUCUUCGUAAUAGAAAGAGAGAGAAUGUGUCCAUUUCCAUGGUCAUAGGAGAUUGCUAGGAGAGAAGGGCAAAAGAAUGGAAGCAUUGACCACAGAAUUGGUAGACUUUGAAAACUGCGAAAUAGCCUCUUCUCUUCUCUGGGGAUUUAUUUGAUCUCUUUCUCUCCUUUUAUCAUUCACACUAUUCGUAUACAUGCGCAUCACUUCUCUCUUCUUCUUUUUCUUUAGCUUGGCCUUUUUAGCCCAAAACAAGAUUGACCCGGAUCAGUUUUACUGACAAAGUCACUGAUUUAGAAUCUUGGUGAUUUGUGAAGAACAUAAAGAAGUGCUUUUGAGUGGGCUAUUGAUUUCUGACAGAAAAUUCAAUUGAGGCUUUGUGAAUAUUUUAGAUUGGAAGUUGGUGGUCUUUUGGAGAUGGCUGCAGUGCAAAAUCAGUUAGAGAUCAAGUUUAGAUUGACUGAUGGAUCGGAUAUUGGCCCCAAAACCUUUCCUGCUGCUACAAGUGUUGCGACCUUGAAAGAGAGCAUUCUUGCUCAAUGGCCUAAAGAAAAGGAGAAUGGACCAAGGACAGUGAAAGACGUCAAAUUAAUAAGUGCAGGAAAGAUAUUGGAGAACAACAAAACAGUAGGGGAAUGCCGGAGCCCCCUGUGUGAUAUCCCUGGUGGAGUUACAACCAUGCAUGUAGUAGUUCAACCAUCUUCCUCCGAGAAAGAAAAGAAAUCAUCAAGCCAACCGAAGCAGAACAAAUGCGUUUGUGUUAUAUUAUAGUUGCAGCUCCAUGAGCAGGGAUGACAUCAAGUGAAGAGUUUUGGGCUGGUUUAGAAAACAAGCUGGUGAAUUCUUGAUUGAUGAGAAGCAGGGGCAUCAUGCGUGCUUAUCACAGGUCACAUUUGGUGCAGGUCUUUUGGCUUCGUCAAUCCAUUCGGUAUACAAUGAUUAAAUCUCAAGUUUGAUUCAACUCUGCCUGUAUGCAAUGAGAUGUCAAUAUUUAUGUCGAAAAUUUCAAAUAGGUGCAUAUUCUCAUAAUUUUUCAUUUUAUGUUUGUGUUAUGUUGUCUUGUAUCAUUUGUAGUUGCACAAUCUGACCAAGUAUUCCAAGUUCAUGUCGAUGGUCAUUAUUUUACCAAGUUAAAACUUGAAGCACCCAAUAGUUAAAUCUGCCAGCUGAACGGCAGCAUGCAAUAAGAUUCUGAACACAAACACCUUUGAUUGUUC